CUCCCAGGCAUUUCCCCAGAAACACUGAGGCAGGUCAUAGAGUAUGCCUACACAUACUCUGUGGUCAUCACAGCUGAAAAUGUGGAGAACCUCCUGGCAGCUGCUGAUUAUCUCAGUGUCUUGGGCAUCGUGCAGCGCUGCUGUGAUUUCCUGCAUGAGCAGCUCUGCCUCAACAACUGCAUUGGCCUUCUUAAAAUCGCCGAUGUCUACUGCGUAAACGAGCUGCACCAGUCUGCAUUCAACUUAAUCUUGAAAAACUUUAAGGAGGUUGCCAUCAGCUCAAAUGAGUUCCCAGAACUAAGUCUUGAACAACUUUCUGACAUCAUCGAGCAGGAUGAGCUUAAUGUCAGAGAAGAGGAUGUAGUGUUUGAGGCCAUCCUCCGGUGGAUCGAGCACGAGCCUGCCACCCGAGAGGCCCACAUUUCAGUCCUAUUGGCCAAGAUUCGGAUGGCUCGUAUGGAUCCGGAAUACUUCAUGAAAAUCGUCAAAGCCAACGAUCUAGUGAAGGCCAAUGUGGCGUGCAGGCCAAUCAUCACUGAUGUACUGAAGGUCAUCUAUGAUCUUCAUGAUGAACGUCCACGAUCUGAUUUUGAGAACCCACUGAUCCGCCCGCGCUUGCCCUCUGACAUUUUGCUGGCUGUUGGUGGAUGGAACAUGCGCACGACAAACUGGAUUGAAGCCUAUGACACCCGGGCCGACCGCUGGGUGGAUAUAACACAGGGGCAGGAGACUCGCCAGUCCGGCCAUGGCAGUGUGUGUUUAAAUGGCUUCAUGUAUUGUUUUGGGGGUUAUGAUGGCCAUAAUUUCACCGAUGCUGUGCUCAGAUUUGACCCCGUCGCACGGACAUGGCAGCACAUGGCCCCUAUGCACUGGCGCCGCUGUUGUGUCAGUGUGGCCGUAAGUAACGGCUUCAUCUAUGUGAUGGGUGGCCGUUUAGACGUGUCGCCUCUGAAUAUCGUAGAGCGAUAUGACCCAAAUGCCAAUGAGUGGACCAUCAUCCAGCCCAUGAACGAGGAGCGACAGGAUGCCAGUGCCACCACCCUGAAUGGAAAGAUAUACAUUUGUGGGGGUAGCAAUGGAGCUCAGACCACUUCCACUGCGGAGUGCUAUGAUCCACUCACGGGCGAAUGGACCUUGAUCGCUCCCAUGCGCACUCGCCGACGUGGCCUUGGAGUAGCGGCAUAUCAGGGAAACAUCUAUGCGGUGGGCGGUACCAACGGGGCUCAUCCAGUGCGGACUAUGGAGGUCUAUGACCCUGCAAUUAACCAGUGGCACGCUGGGCCUCCCAUGAGACAACAAAGAAGCUAUUUCGGCAUCGCAGUGGUGGACGGCUUGCUGUUUGCGAUGGGAGGCUCCGAUGGCUUCAAAGUAACUGCAAAAGUGGAAUGUUUCAAUGCAGUGAAAGGCAGCUGGUGCCGUGCGCAGGAAAUGAUUGCACCUAAGAGGAGCUUCAGCUGCUGCACAGUGCCUGCGCACCCCCGCUUCGUACAGUACGCUGCACCUCGCCCACCUGCCCCCAUCUGCCUGCCUGGUAAAAUGGCUCGUAUGGAUCCGGAGUACUUUAUGAAGAUCGUCAAAGCCAACGAUCUGGUGAAGGCCAAUGCGGCGUGCAGGCCAAUUAUCACUGAUGUCAUGAAGGUCAUCUAUGAUCUUCAUGAUGAAAGUCCACUCUCUGAUUUUGAGAACCCACUGAUCCGCCCGCGCUUGCCCUCUGACAUUUUGCUGGCUGUUGGUGGAUGGAACAUGCACACGACAAACUGCAUCGACGCAUAUGACACACGGGCCGACCGCUGGGUGGAUAUCACGCAGGAGGAGCAGAGCAACCUAGCUGGUCAUGGCACGGUGUACCAUGAUGGGUUUGUGUACUGCAUUGGGGGGUUUGAUGGGCAAAACUUUAUCGAUACCGUGCGCAGAUACGACCCGAUCACACGAGCAUGGCAGCAGAUGGCCCCAAUACACUGGCAGCGCUGUAAUGUUAGUGUGAUCGUGCUCGAUGGGCUCAUCUAUGCCAUGGUGCUACAACCCAAAAACCAAUGA